GGGCAGGGGGGGCACCGCUGGCAGCCGGCGGGGAUGGAGGCGCUGUGGGCGGCCGGGGGGCUCCUGCUGGCCCUCUGCCUCCUGGCCUUUGUCCUGUACUGCUGCUACGUGAAGCACAUCCAUGCCAAGUACGACCACAUCCCCGGCGCCCCGCGGGAGAGCUUUUUAUUUGGACACCUCCCAAUCUUAUGGAGAAUGAUGAAGAAACAGGAGUUUGUUCAUGAUCUCUUCCUGCAGUGGGCAGAGAAAUACGGACCUAUUGUACGAUUUAAUGCCUUUCACAGAGUGACAGUAAUGGUUGUGAGUCCUGAAGGAGUGAAGGAGUUCUUGAUGUCACCACAGUACCCAAAGGAUCGGCUGGUGUACGAUCGUAUCUUCAGCCUAUUUGGUGAAAGGUUUCUGGGGAAUGGCUUGGUAACUGUUUGCAACCAUGACCAUUGGCAUAAGCAGAGGAGGAUAAUGGAUCCAGCUUUCAGCCGAACCUACCUGAUUGGUCUGAUGGAAACUUUUAAUGAAAAAGCAGAGGAGCUGAUGGAGAAGCUAGAGGAAAUGGCAGAUGGGAAAAAAGAGUUUAGCAUGCUGUCGAUGAUGUGCCGGGUGACUAUGGAUAUCAUUGCAAAGGUAGCCUUUGGCUUGGAAUUAAACGCACUGAGUGAUGACCAGAUGCCUUUACCACACGCUGUGACCAUGGUUUUGGAGGGACUGACCAAGUCACGGAUCCCCCUCAUACAGUACAUGCCAGGGAAACAGAAGUUGGUAAAGGAGGUCAGGGAGAGUGUGAGGCUGCUGCGGCGUGUGGGGAAGGAGUGCAUUGACCAGAGGAGAGAAGCUCUCCAGAAUGGGAAGGAAGCCACGUUGGAUAUUCUUACACAGAUACUGAAAGGAGAUGCUCUGGAGGACACUAGAGAUGAUGAAAACAUUCUGGAUAACUUUAUCACUUUCUUUGUUGCAGGUCAUGAAACCACUGCCAAUCAGAUGUCAUUUACAGUAAUGGCACUGGGUCAGCAUCCUGAAAUACUGGAAAGGGUUCAGGCUGAAGUGGAUGAUGUUCUUGGUGCCAAGAGAGACAUUGACUAUGAGGAUCUUGGCAAACUCACCUACUUAUCACAGGUUCUGAAGGAGUCGCUGCGGCUGUACCCGCCCGUCGCAGGGACCGUGCGCAGGCUGGAGAAGGAGCACGUCAUCAACGGCAUCAGAAUUCCUGCCAACACCACGCUCGUUUUCAGCACUUAUGUAAUGGGAAGGAUGGAAAGGUUUUUCAAGGAUCCAUAUACUUUCAAUCCAGACCGAUUCAGCAAAGAUGCACCUAAGCCAUAUUAUUGCUAUUUUCCAUUUUCUCUGGGAUCCCGGUCCUGCAUCGGGCAGGUGUUUGCACAGAUGGAGGCAAAAGUGGUGAUGGCAAAACUGCUGCAGAGGUUUGAAUUCCAGCUGGUACCAGGGCAGAGUUUUAAACUCUUGGAGGCUGGAACCUUUAAGCCACUAGAUGGAGUAAUGUGUAAAUUAAAGCCAAGGAGCUCUGCAAGAAGCUGCCAGGCGUGACUACUCAAGGAGGGGAGCAUGACAUGCUACUGUUAGUGUUUCUUCUGAUUUUGAAGAUCUUGACACUAAUCAAAGGUUUGAUUUGGCAGGUCCCUUUAGAGGAUUACUAGACUGAAAUUAUUUCUAGCCUUCCUCAUAAUGUACUGAAGAAAACCUUAGGAGAGUCACUCUAAUGAAUAUUUUCAGGCUGGAAGCGUACCCAGAAUUGCCAAGCUUGUAAUUUUCCUGGGGGGCUAUUUGAUUCUGACCAGACUUGGAAAAGAACAUCCUUUCACUGCAGUAUCCCUGGAAGUCCACACAAACCUCCACUGGAAUCUCAGCUCAUAGUUUUCACUAAGUUUACUUAUAACACAACAUGGUCUAAAGUAAGCCCUUGUUUGGGAAGUUUUCUACUUACAGAAUGAAAUCAGAAAAGAGUGGAGCACAGAUUUGGGUUGAACUUAGGAAGAGAUGUUUGGAGAUAGUCUUUUGUCAAAGCAAUUUUUCCAUCCCUGCUCUAAACAAGAACAAUUGAUAGGAACAAUCUGAACAAAAAUAUCAGUCUGAGGCCACUACUUCCCCCUGUUUCUCCCGCCUCAUUUUUAUUCAGUCUCUUCCACUUUUCUUCUGAAAUUAUGCAAAGUGUAGAUUGCCAGUCCACACUGUAGAAAGGGAAUCUCCUGUUUCCUCCUACCCCUCCACACGGCCUGUGUUCAUUCUUCUGAGACAUUGUUCUUUGGUCAGGGGAGUCUUGCUGUGUUUAUUUUAAUCUGGAUCAUUUUCCCCGUCUGGUUUACCACAAAGCUACAGUAGGACUUGGACCAGAUGGUCUAGUAGGUACAGCAGGGUUGGAAAUAAGUGCCUGAGCUAAAUGCUGCUUAAAAUGGUGUUGCCACUGAAGUAAUGUGUCUGCAGUUUGAGCCAGAGACAGGAGAAGGUCCUGCACCCCCUUCUUCUGCAGAUGUGCCUGAAUUGCUUGCUGCAUGUGGGCUUGCAGCUGGGCUCUGCUGGGGAAAAAACUACCAUAUGAAAAUGCUGCCUUCCAGAACUAUGUAGAUACCUAAUAGGAGUUUGGGCCUUCUCUGUCAUGAAAUACAGCAAAUUAAAGAAAUAUGAUGCUGCCACUGUUGUUUCUUACCUUUCUGAAUUAAAAGAGCAAAAAUACA